AUGUCCGAUGCUCUGGUACUCGAUCAAAAAAAUUUACCGAAGUCUUUGUCCGACUCUCAGGUAGUUGCUGCUCAUUCCCAGAAAUCGCCUGAGGCUUCUGGAUUAGGACUGUAUAUCGAAGAAAUGGGAGCGAGCGGAGCAGCUCCAGGCGAUCGAGCCUGGGUGUUGUUGGCUCACCGACAAGAAUUGCCAGUUUUAAUUGAAUUUGCCUUACGUGAAGAAACUGUUCCAGCAGAAGAAAUUGUUGAGAGAGAGAAGUUGAUUACUUUCACCGUACCUACAUUGCCCUGGGAUUCGAACAAUAUAAGUAUCAAGUUAACGUGUGGGAAUUCCGAAAUUUCUGUACCGUUCAAAUACAGGAAGAGAUGUCGAUCUGUUACACCGUGCGUUUCAAUUGAAAACUUAACAGACUUUGCUACGAACGGAGAUACGCUGGCACUUGUUCAACCUUUCAGCUUUCUUCUUCCUCAAUUAGAUAGCGAAGGCAAUACCGUUUUGCACUUGGCAGCACGGAAUAAUCAAAGUUUUGCUUUAAAAGUCCUUUUAUCAGCUGUUCCAGUUCCCGAUAAAGAAGAAAUUGUAAAUAUUCGCAACUCACGAGGAUUGACUGCUCUCCACUGUGCCAUUCGAUCAGGUGACCCGGAUAGCGUUCAUUACUUGAUUGCAAAUAAAGCUCAUGCUCAUAUAGCUGAUAACCACAAUAAUACAGCCGUACACUACCUAGCUGAUGCCUAUAAUGAGGCUAUUUUCAAAGAAAUCCUCGAGCCAGCAACAGCAGAUGAUCUCAGAAUCGAACAACUGAAUGACGAAGGCUAUACUGCAUUACAUCUAUCAGUAAGACGUUUGAAGUUAAGUUUGAUAGAAAUGUUGUUGGAAGCUGGUGCGAACCCUAAUUCUCGCGAUCGAAAUGACCGAACACCUCUUCAUCAUGCAGUUCUGAUGAACGACCCCGAUGUUGUGCAGUUCCUCGUUGAUCAUGGAUCCGAUACGAAUAUGGAGAGUGGAGAAGGAGAAACAGCUCUUUCUCUCGCUAGAGAUAAUGUUAGCUACGCAUUGUUUGGAUACCUCCUGGAUGCUGGAGCUGAUCCGUCGAUCAAGAAUAAGAAGGGUGAAGCUUUGACUGAGACCGACGACUCAACAAUCCAAAAUUUGAUUAAAGGCGAACGGAUGGCCCUUCCUGCUAAAGAAAUGGUAACAUCUUCUUCACCUAGUGAUCUUACCACAGUAAGGGAACCGUUAUUCGGUAAGUCAUGCCCAAAGAGCAUCGUUGAGCAACUUCAUGCUGUCAAACAUAGUCGAGUUAUCUUGCAAAAUCCGCACCCUCAAACGGAACAAGAUCAAUCUGAAAGGGACGAUGCAGAUGAAAGUUCAACUCUCAGUGGAAUCAGGGAAAAUGCACGUCAGAGAGCAGCUCGGCUCAUGGAAGAAGUAGAACAGUUAAUGAAUGAACCGUCAACGAGUAGAGCUUCAACUUCAACUUCUUCAAGAAGAGCAGGAACAUCAGCUGCAAAUAAAGAUGAUAUUGCUGGAUUAGACUAUCUGACUAGGUUGCGUCUCUCGAAAACUUUAGAUGUAGACGGUAAAUGGCAAGACGUCACAAAAGAGCUAGGUUGCGAGCAUAUGAUUGAACUUAUCUGUAUAU